CGUGCCGAGGAAGACCAUCAGCGCUGCGGUUGCAAAUUCCGGACAGAAGAAAAAGGAAAAACCCAACGCCUUGAAAGGUGAAAGAGGCAAGCAUAUGGAUAACAUAACGACCCUGUUCAACCACACCAACGCCACGCCCUUGCGAUGCCAGAAAGACAUAGGCUACGGGUGUUGCUUCUGCGACAAGUUUUGUGAGAAACCUGCCGAACUAAAACAACAUACAAGACAAACUCAUCAGUCUGAUAUACACAAAAUCAUGAGAAAGAAAUCACUGAACCAUUACCACGUGAAACUGGAUAUAACUGGCUUGCAAUGCAAUGUAUGCAACACCAAAAUGGAUGAUUUAGACGCCAUGAUGCACCAUCUUCAACAACACAAGAAAGAUAUACAUUUGGAUAUAAACAACCAUAUAAUGCCAUUCAGCUUUGAAGGCGAUGAGUUCCGGUGUGUGAUGUGUAAAGAAGAAUUCAACAAAUUCAAGAAACUGACUGAACACAUGAAUAAACACUACAGGAAUCGGGUUUGCGAUGUCUGCGGCGCGGGUUUCAUCAACGACAAAUCUUUUCAAAUACACUCACAAGUGCACAAGAAAGGGGUGUUCGCUUGCAAAUUCUGUGGAAAGGUCUUCGAUACUUCGGUCAAGAAACGUUCCCACGAAUUAUCUGUCCAUGUACAUUGCCAGAUGGUCAGGAAAUGCGGGUAUUGCGAUAAGAAAUUCAAAUGUAGGAGGAGUAAAGAGAAGCAUAUCGCCAGUGAACAUGGAGUGCGAUUGAAGGAAAUCAAAUGCAAAUUGUGUGGCAAAGUCUACUUGACCGCGAACGCUCUAAGGGUUCACACAAGGCGAGACCAUUUGAAGGAACGCCCGUACGAAUGCCAGCUGUGCGGUUUUACAUCUUACGGGAGCAGCUGUUUGAGGAAUCAUAUGCUAAAGCAUACGGGGGUGAGGGAUUUCCAGUGCGAUAUUUGCUUGAAGUCGUACGCUAAGAAGAAGACGUUGAGGGAACAUUUGCGGAUACAUGCUGACGACAGGCGGUUUAAAUGCGAGUACUGUGGUCUGGCGUUUAUACAGAAGUGUAGUUUGAAGGGGCAUAUGCAGUCUAAACACAGAGAUUUGGUGCCGUCGGUUUAGUAAAGUUGUGUACUUCCACUUCAUGUGGUGAGGGUAGAUUGUUAAAACAUACGGGGGUGAGGGACUUCCAAUGCGACAUUUAUUUGAAGUCGUACGCUAAGAAGAAGACGUUGAGGGAACAUUUGCGGAUACAUGCUGACGACAGGCGGUUUAAAUGCGAGUACUGUGGUCUGGCGUUUAUACAGAAGUGUAGUUUGAAGGGGCAUAUGCAGUCUAAACACAGAGAUUUGGUGCCGUCGGUUUAGUAAAGUUGUGUACUUCCACUUCAUGUGGUGAGGGUAGAUUGUUAAAACAUACGGGGGUGAGGGACUUCCAAUGCGACAUUUAUUUGAAGUCGUACGCUAAGAAGAAGACGUUGAGGGAACAUUUGCGGAUACAUGCUGACGACAGGCGGUUUAAAUGCGAGUACUGUGGUCUGGCGUUUAUACAGAAGUGUAGUUUGAAGGGGCAUAUGCAGUCUAAACACAGAGAUUUGGUCUUGGCACCCUCAGUGUAAGGCUGCUUUUCCACCAGAGAUGUGCUAUGCUACGUUGCUAUGGAUGCGUUUGAUAUCCACCAAUCAUAUUCAUUCGUGCACAUAGCUUAGCACUGGUGGAAACGGAUUUAACUAAGAUAUGUUUUUUAUAUGGAAGGAUGCGUGCUAUGGGCCGUCGCGAGUGGUGUAGCCAUGUGCAGGCACGGCAGCACGCGUGAGCGCCUCUCUCACCGCGUCGCUCUCACCGCUUCCCUACUAUCGAUACAUCGCAUAGCUCGAGCUGCGCAUGUUUCUCGCGCAGCUACUUUGCGGCGGCGCAUCUUCAUAGCGCAUCCUCCUCGCACAGCUACAUAGCUUAGUAUUGGUGGAAACGGUCACAUAUUUUCGUAGCGUCUAUUUCACAUCUUCAUAGCAUAGCUGCAUAGCACAUCUCUGGUGGAAAGGCACCCUAAGGCCGAUUCACACCAAGCACGUACCUCUACACGUGAUACAUGCGUAGUAACGCGCGUAAACCCCUAACACCCGGUUACGCAUACGUCCACGUUGUACGCAAGCGGUGUGCCAUGUUUCAUACAGUUCCACACACAACACAAAUGGUAUGCGCUACGUCUACGCUUACGCAGCCUGUGUGAACGAGCUGUAAGGGAGAUGUGGCCUGGCAUGUCAAACGAUCACGAUGGUUCAUUCAAUCAGCCUGUUUGCGUUCACUGCUGGAUAUAGCCCUUCCCAAAAGCGCACCAGUACACAA